AUGGUCCUGGAAGUUCUUCCCAUGCUUUUCCGGAGAAGUGGAGGUGGAGCUGCAGACACCUCGUGCCGGAGGUUAUUGAGAGUCUUGUGGAUGCCAGAAUUCCGUCGCUUUGCUCCCAAUGUUCCAAUUGUUAUGGUGGGAACCAAACUAGACCCUCGUGACGACAGAGGAUAUCUUGCUGAUCACUUAGGUACUAUUGCAAUAACACCUGCACAAGGAGAGGAACUUAGGAAGCAAAUUGGUGCUUCAGCAUACAUUGAAUGCAGCUCCAAGACUCAGCAGAAUGUCAAAGCUGUUUUUGAUACUGCAAUUAAGGUGGUUCUGCAACCUCCUUGAAGGAAGGAGAUCGCCAAGAAGAACCCACUGAGCGUAAUCAGUA